UAGAGUGUAAGCUCCUGUGCACAGAGGCUGUGGGGUGAGAGUGGGGGCUGGGUCACACAGGGAGUUUCUGGAAAGGAAAUGAUGUGAAAGAGAAACGAAACAGAAAGUGAUUCCUCCCCGCAGCUGCCGCCGCCCGUUCCCCGCCUCUGGCAGUCCCUGGCUGGCACUAGUAUCCGGAUGACCGGUGUGAGGUCUCCAGCCUCCGGCCCUCAGCAUGGAGGACACUGACUACCUGUACCCUGUGGCCCUCAGGUGGGACGAGGGGCCCGAGAGGCUGAGGCAGCUGCGGAACAAACUUCUCCUGUACUUCCAGAGCAAGAAGCGGUCCCAGGGCGGAGAGUGCCAGAUCCGGGAGCCGGGGGGCGACCCGGGCUACGUCCUCAUCCACUUCAGGGAGGAGGAGGUCCGGGAUCGUGUUCUCCAAAAACAAAGCCAUGAGAUGGAGCUACCGAAAGGGAAGAGGAUAAAACUGGACGUCUCACUGCCAAACUCUGAGCCUCCACAAGAGAACAAAGAAUCCAGCAAACAGGAAUCACCCACUGUUCCACCAUCUGGACCCAGCACGGGGGCAGCCAGUGAAAGCUCCAGUGCAGACACACAAGAAGAUGACGCGACAGAGGACCCGCCAUUCACCGCGGUUCUGAUUGAGAAUGUCCAGGACAGCUGCUCCUCUGAGAUGUUGAACCUCUUGGUGGAGAAUAUCAGUGAGAAGGAUGCGGUCAGAGACUUCUACGUGGAGAUGAUUCCUGAGAAGCGCUCCGCCGUUAUCACCUUCACCUGUGACAUUGACAUCCCGAGUUUUAUCAGAAAGUUCUCCAGCAGCCUCCGGGUGAAUCAACACAAACUGGUAGCGAAACCUCUGGAAGAAACACAAAGUAUUAGGGUUGAAAAUUUGUCGCAAAACAUAUCCGAGGAAUUCCUGGUCGUUUACUUUGAGAGCCCCAGACAUGGAGGCGGAAGAAUUCAUGACGCUGUCUUGUUACCGGGGGAAGGGGCCGCGCUGAUUACAUUUUAUACCCUGAAAGAUGCAAAGACAGUAUUGAAGACGAGGCAUGAGCUGGGUAAGACACCAGUAGCCGUGUAUCCAUACUACCCAUCACUAGACAUGUAUCUAUACGGGAAGACACCACCUUGUGUAAAACUACCCGAACCAUUAGAGUUCCAUAUUAGCCCAUAUAUACUGGAAUAUAUCUUGAAUAAUAAACGGCUAAAAGACGAAAUUGACAUCAGGAUGGCGGCUAAAAACUGUUCAAUCAUGUGGCCAGAUAAAAACUGCUCCAACCCUGUCAUAAAGCUUGGGAUUCCCAGCACAUUGGACACACAUCUCAGGACCAUGGCCAAAGUCAUUCGGACUUGGAAUGAGGAGAUCUCGGCCGAGUUCUCACUUAUUAUUUCCAAAUACAAAGUCAUUGACUGUAAAGUGAAUUCCUCAGUCUGGGAGGCCAUCAGAGGACAGGUCUCCAGCCCCACUUAUGAAGGAGUGUUUAUCAAACCAGACUUUGCCGAGGAGAAGGUCUUCAUGGCCGGCACUUUGAAGGAUGUUGCUAAAAUUGAGCCGACAUUCAGAAAACUGGUAGAGGAAACCACAAGACAGAUCGAGAGAAAAAGCCAAAGCUCCACCACGACUGAAUCCGUGUCCCCGGCUCUUUAUCAGAUUAUACUUAACAGUGGUCUGGAGAAAAAGAUACUGGAGGAUACCCCAGAGCUGCAGAUGGAAUAUGACACGUCGGCGUGGAAUCUAAGGCUCACCGGACUGCGUGAGGAGGUUCUCAGCGCCAGAGUUGAAAUACUAAAUAUUAAGCAGCAACUGAAAUCAAAAUCCAUUGAGAUGAACCCUCACAUCUUCCAGUUCCUGAUGUUCGCUGAUAAUGAAGAACUGUCCAAUCUACUCUUUGUACCUCACAAUAUUAACGCUCUGGUCGAAAUUGAAGACACCACUGUUAAACUGAUUGGUUGCACGACAAAAGAUUUGGUAGACGCAGAUAAACAAAUCCGACAAGAAUUAAUUUGUAGGCAAGUUCCGGUUGACAACAAGAGCAUCUUACAAAUUCCAGAGUGGAGAAGCCUCUCUCUGCAUCUCUCCGAGUCAAUUAAUGCUGAGAGAUGUAAAGUCCUGAUCCAGGAAUUCCCUGCUGGAGCGGAGAGUGACGUGGUCAUCACUGGUCUCUCUGAGCAUGUACAAAAUACCUACAAAGAUAUCCAUAAAUUUCUGGAGAAAAACUGUCUGAUCGAAUUAAAUAUUCCAGUCCACUCCAGUGCAACGAUGCAGUUCCUGGUGGAGGAAAAGAAGCAGCUUUGGGAAAUGCUUAAGAAGAAUAAUGUAAAAGUGUUGAUGAAUCAGAACAAGGUUUCCCUGUCUGGUCCAAGGACACAGGUUGAGGAUGCAGAGGCCCUCAUCCAUAAUGUUCUGUCCUCUCUGCAUGGGGACACGCUGCGCAUUGUUAAACCAGGGGCCGAUAAAUUCUGUAGGAACAACAAAGAGAUGCAUGCUACCACAGCAAAGAUGAAUUACAAUUGUGUGAUUUCUUUAGAGACGGGUGGAGAUAACGAACCUCUAGGUGACCACCACUUCCAAAUAAAGCUGCCAAAUGGGGUGACCAUCUCCGUAUUUAAAGAUGAUCUGUGUCGACACAAUGUAGACGUUAUCAUUAAUGCAGCCAAUGAGGACUUGAAGCACAUCGGGGGUCUGGCACUGGCCAUACUGAAAGCAGCUGGACCCAAACUCCAAGAUGAUUGUGACCGCAUUGUCAGGAAGAAGGGUCCGUUGCCAACCGGUGAUGCAGUCAUUACAGAUGCCGGUAACCUGCCGUGUAAGCAAGUUAUACAUGCAGUUGGACCCCGCUGGACCCAAAGCACCAGCUUUAGAUGUGAACAUCUUCUACAUAAAGCCAUAAUGAGCAGCUUAGAGCUGGCUGCAGAGAACGCUCACAGUUCAAUUGCCAUUCCAGCCGUCAGCUCUGGUGUUUUUGGAUUUCCACUGAAACCUUGUGCUGAAACUAUACUGGAAGCCAUAAGAGGGCAUGUGGAGACCCAGGGACCCCGGAGCAGUUUGCAGAGGAUACAUCUUGUUGACACAAAUUUGGAGACAGUUAAGAUUUUCUCUGAGGUGGCAAAAGCCACAUUUGGAGACAAAAGCAGCACUGCGUCAGCAGCGGGGCCCCAGCGUUCCACCGACUCAGGAGAAAAAGAGCGGCCCCAAGUCAGAGCGGGCAGCAGUAAUGAGGAUACCGUGAUGUCUAAAGAAGGGCUGAUCGUCAGGCUUGUUCAGCAGAAUAUCGAAGACUCCACGACCGACGUGAUAGUGAACAGUAUAGGAGCUGACCUGGACCUUCUCAGUGGUGCUGCAUCCAAGGCUUUGUGCAACCGGGCCGGAGCGGAACUCCAGCAACUUCUGAACCAGGAGAGUGCGGGCGUGCAGGUGGCGGCGGGGUCCGUUUAUAAAACCGGCGGCUGCAAUCUCCGCUGUAAGAUGGUUCUUCACGUUGUGACCCCACACUGGGACAAAGGACAAGGGGCUGCAGAAACGGUAUUUCGGGGAGUCAUUAAAGACUGCCUGAAGUUGACCGAACAACACGGGUGUCAAUCAGUUUCGUUCCCCGCCAUCGGAACUGGCAACCUUAAUUACCCUAAGGAUCUGGUAGCGUCUGUGAUGUUAGACGAGAUCUUCCAGUUCAGCAGCGCACAUAAGCUGCAAAGCCUUAAAGAAAUAAGCCUGGUCCUUCACCCGCAGGACAAAGACACAAUCAAGGCAUUUUCAACUCAGCUGGGAAGCCUCACUAAUCCCACUGCGGCAAGCAAUAAACAACCAUCCAGGACGGCCUCAACUUUCUGUGGUACUGUCACAAACCCAUCUCUCGGGGUUCAUGAAAUGAAAAUCGGACCUGUCUGUUUCAAGGUGAAAACAGGAGAUAUAACCAAGGAAAAGGCUCAGAUCAUCGUCAAUUCCUCAAACCAGAACUUUACUCUGCGUACAGGAGUAUCUAAGGCAAUCCUGGACGCAGCCGGACCAAACGUUGGAGCCGCCGCCAGCGCGUUAGGCUCCCAGCCACACAAGGGUUAUAUCCUCACACCACCUGGAAACCUCGCUCUGCAGAACAGCAGCUGUAAGUGGAUUCUCCAUGUGGUCGGCCCAAAACAACCAGCAGAUGUCACCAAAAAUGUCCUGGACUGUCUGCAGGAGUGUGAGAAGAAUCAGGUGUCCUCUGUGGCCUUCCCCGCCCUGGGAACAGGUGCAGGUGGAAUAUCCGCUACGGUGGUGGCUGAUACAAUCCUAGAUGCGGUGGUGAAUUUUAUCACCUCCAAAUCUGUCGGAUCCAUUAAGAAGGUGAAAGUGGUUAUUUUCCAGCAAAAUAUGUUGAAUGAUUUCUAUGUGAGCAUGAAGAAGAAGGAAGGAACUGCCUUGUCUGAGCCGAAAUCAUUCCUCUCUAAGGUCGUCGACUUUUUUAUCCCGAAACCUAAAAAGCCGGUUCAGAAGCUGACGGCCUUUCAGCUCAUGGAUAACAUUAAGCCAGUGACUUUCAGUUUCUGCGCUGAAGAUAAGAACAGUGUGGAGAGGACGAAGACUUGGCUCCAACAACAGAUAGAACAAGAGCAGGCUGAGCGGGUUCUCACCGAGGAAUGGAUCUCGGAGCUGGAGGUUACCGAGAUGCAGACAAUAUCAAAUCUCCAGAAAGAGUUCCAGGUCUCCGUGGUUUACAAACCGCCCGACCCUUCCAUUUAUAUUUCCGGCAUCACUAGGGAUGUCAUGAAUGCGUCCAGCGAAAUCCAAAAGAUUCUUAAUACUGUGAGGGACCGUAAAACCAGAGAGAGAGCAGCGGAGCUGACCGGGAACCUGGUGGAGUGGAGGUACGAAUGUGCGUCCAAAAUGAGUCCAUUUGACAAGAUGGCAAACCUGGAAUUGGAAGAGGCAAAAAGUGCGAAUAAAACACAAAUUACUGUCUGGACCCAAGGGAAGGAAUUCACUGUGGACUUACAGAAGGAGACCGCUAGUGACAAACAAGGCAACCAAGUGAGGAUCGAGCGAGGCCUGAAACACGAACAGUCAUCACUCGGGCUACCGAAGCAUUGGAAACCGAUGGGUAACAGUCUUGUGAUGGUGGUGGAUGUUCCUGCCGGAACGUCUGAAUUUUCAGAUGUUCAGAAGAAAUUUGCACAGUCCUGCGGAAACAGAAUACUGAAGAUUGAGAGGAUACAGAACAAGGAUCUGUGGAUGAACUAUGACAUAAAGAAGCAGAGCAUCAACACAAAGAACGGAACCACCAACAACGAGCGGCAGCUCUUCCACGGGACCGACGCUAAUUCCAUACAGAUCGUUAUUCAUAACGGUUUCAACAGGGGCUACGCCGGACGAAACGCUGCUGCUUUUGGAAACGGAACAUACUUUGCAGUAAAUGCGAGUUACUCUGCUCACAGCACUUAUUCCAAACCGGACUCCAAUGGACAGAGGCAUAUGUACCUGGUCAGCGUCCUUACUGGGGUCUCGUGCAGAGGACAUCAGGGCCUGGUGGCACCUCCAGCUAAGAACCAAGCCAACCCCACCGACCUGUAUGACAGCGUGACAGAUAACACUGCCAACCCUUCAAUGUUCGUCAUAUUUAAUGACAUCCAGGCUUAUCCCGAAUAUCACAUCACCUUUGUCUAAUAAUCCCUCCGCCACACCGCCUAAUCGGAGAGGACAGGAUCCGUGACUGUAGCAAUAAUUAUUAUUUCACACUCACAGAUUUUAUAUAUGUAUAGUUAUAGACUCACGUUGCAGGUAUCUUACGGUUCCUCUGUAACCUAAUGUGCAGAGCACAGGAACCCAUACAUAAUCAUUGUAGGUUAAAUCACACUAUAAUAAUCAGGAAAUGAUCUAUUACUAAUUUAGUUCUUUCUGUACAAUUCAUCUACAAGUUCUAGUGUCCAUCCUAAAUCAAAGCACAAGUGCGCGACACGAACUGACACAAAGGUCUGACUGCUGGCGCCAAUGCUGCAGUUUUACAUUGUCUGUACCUGUGUCAGAUUGCAGCGUUGGAUGGGGACGGCUGGUAAAUCCGCACAGGCAGAGACCUCACCUGACUACACCAACCGUGCCUUCUAGGAUCUGGACAGAGCGCUCGUUGUCUGGCUCAGUGUUACAGGGAUCACGGGCACCAGAUAGGGCACGAUCUCUGGAAUAAUUGGGAAAGCAGACGCUGUACUAUAGUAACCAGUACAUAGAACGUGGUGGGGAUCCUGCUGUAGGGAUUUACUUGAAACAGUCUUGCAAUGUUUACAAAUAGCAGCCAAUCGUAUUGUACCAGUUUAGAAAAUGACGGAUGACCUCGGGCUAGUUGCUGCGGUUACAGCCGCCAUUCUUAUUAUAGUUCAAUACUCAGGUAUGCCGUUACUGCCAGCCCCACUGUUACGUGGGCCAUUCAUCUAUGGGCCGAUUCCGAUACACCGAUCAACGGACAUCGAUCCUUGUGGAAUCUGCCAAAUCAUUUUAUAGAUCCCUGACUCGCCAAUCCCAAUCAUGUGUUGGUCUUAGUCGGCGGAUGGUGGAUUUCCAACAUGUUGCAUUACACAGAUUGUCUGACCCAUGCAUUGGGCAGAACAGAGAAUUGCCCUGAUACCUACCUGAUGUACCGGCCCCUUUACUCGCUGCUCAGCUGAUACAAUGUAACAAUAUGGGUGCGAUGUGUAAAUAAAGUGCUAUAGAAAACCA